AUGACAGAGAUUUCCAUAGAUAAAACACGUCAACCUUUUGGUUAUGAACAAUUAAGACAACUUAAUCUUAAAAUGUAUUCAAUUGUUGGUAAAAACCCAGAUGGCCAAGGUUGUGAUAAUAUACCUGAGAGAGAUAAAAAUAUCAUAGAUAUUGAAGAUGCCAAACAACAUGAAGCACGUAAAAAAAAAUUUUACAGUGCAACUGAUCUUAAUUCAAAAUUAAAAAAUCGUAAGGAAAAUCAAUAA